AAGUAAACCACAAUGUUUCUUAUAAAACAGUAUUUGCAGUAUUAUCACACAAGGCGUUGUUAACAUUUUAGCCACUUGAUAAGUUCCAAUUGUGUUAUAUGCCAGACUUAAAUUUGUAAGUACAACAAAUCCACAAAAGGUCAUGGCAAUCCAUAACAUUUCUUUGAUAGCUACAUCUUUUAAACAAAAAACGUCAAAUUUUUCGCAGAUUAUUAGUCCCACAAAAGUAAUAAUAAAAUGUAUCAUAGAUAAUGUAAUGUUUGGAAAGCCUGUGUGGACAUAUAGCCAUUUAUUCAAUAGUACAAUUACAAUUGAAAACAAUAUAUUCAAUAUUAAAUAGAAUACUGUGACAACUUUUUUAUUCAUACUUUAUUCACUGUUUUUUUACUAUUAAUGUGUAACCGGUAAAGAAGCCAUAACAUGUAUUUGAAAUAUCCUAGGCGACAAAUUAGUUGUACAUUUCAUCUUAAUAUAUACGUUGUUAGACAGGAAUUAGUAGCAAUUAAUAUGUGUCUUUCUGGUUAACUUUUGUUCAUUCGUAUUUACAUAUUUUCUCUGAUCAUCAACUUAGAUAUAUUUAUUAAGAACUAUAUCAUCGCAUGCCUGAAUUUUAACCUAUAUCAACGGGUCAAAGCAGUUAAGGUUAUAACAACGAUCGAGGGCGCCAAAAUGAACCGCAUGAAGCGUGACAUAAACGUUCAAUACAUACUAAAAUUUUUAGCGGCAUUGUAAUGUAAUUUGAUAGUUAAAUUGACAUAGUGUUUAUUUUAAAAUUAAACUGGAAUAUGGAAGAAUUUCCACUUGGUUAUCGAGAAGUCGUGCCUGAUCAAACGGUACCGGAAAAAUGGAACGAAAUUACAUUAAAUACAGGGGGAAGUCAAAGUACCUUACAAGAUAUAAAAGUGCCAGAAAGAGCUGGUGGUUAUUCAUAUAAGGAUUGUUCAAAAUAUUACACUCGUAAUCGGUUUAUUUAUUGGCGUAUUUCCCAUGAUGUGCUCGAAUUGGUUGAGCACAGUUUAGAUAUUAAUUUGAUUAACUGUAGAGUGAGGUAUAAGUUUACGGACACACCAAUUUUGGAUGGUAUUUCAAUACAUGAAACAGAAAAUUCCGUUAUUAUAUUGAUAGCGACUGUUUCGAGUAUACAUAAAUUAUCGUUUCCUCAUCCUGAAAGGAUUUAUAAAAAUGAAUUAAAUACAUACAAGGAUUUGGGUGUACAAUCAAUAUUUAACGAAGCAUCUGCUCAAAAUGCGAAGAAAGCGAAAGAGGACCCGCAUAUGUUCUAUGUUAUUACAAACGCAGGAACUACAAAUUCUCCAGUGCCUCAUGCAGCCACGUCAUGGUACAUACCCCCUCAAGAAGCAUUAUUCGCACUUGCUUAUAAUUCAGGAAUUAUACUUCUUUUAAGACUAGACAUAAAAACUGGUGCUGUGCACACUAGCGAAUUAAAGGAGGAUUCUAUAGUGCCAAGAUUCCUUAGUGGUAUAGCAACUGCUUUUAGAGGGCGAAAUUCUGAAGCUCAUGUGGCUAUGUCUUUGGUAAUACAUAAUUUCGGAAAUGACACAUAUUUAUUUGCUUUGUGUCGUGAGGGUAAUAUUCGUAUGUGGUCUUGUAAUAAAGCUCAGUGUAUAGCUGUGACUGAUGCGACCAUUGAUAAUCGUGUAGCAUCUCAAGGAGACCAAGGGCAUAUGUUGAGAAAAGCGUUAGGGCUUGAUAAUGAAUUAUACUUAGGAACUUUCUUAAAAUUUAGCACUAGAUGUGAAUUUAGUAUUUUAAAACCUAUUCAAGAUAAUGGCAUAUUCAAGUUUGUAAGAUUAUGUACAAGAUUUGCACAGGAUCAACAUUUAGUUGAUUUCUCGUUCACAACUACACGAUUAUGGGCAGUAUGGAGAACUAUUGAUAUGGAUACAGUUGAAGUAACACAUGCACAAUUGUCAUUGACUGGCACAAGAGUUAACUCUGAAUGGGAAACAACAGUUCUAGAACAAACACCGGAUAGAGACUACAUCCUUAGUGAUCCUGACAUUAAUCCAAGACGGGCAUACAUUAAUUACAUUUUUCAUCCUGGACAGUUUUCUUUAACGGAUAUUACAAAGGCAUUAAAUAUUUACAGAAGAUCAAAGAAAAAUACUAAUGUUAACGUCCUUUCUAAAUCUUUCACAAUUAUCCAUGGAAGGAAUACAAAAGACAACAUUCUUUCUGCGACCGAGUUAAAAGACCGUGUUUGUAUUGCAGUAGAAGAUGAAAUACAAGCAGAAGUGAUGGAUUAUGAACUAAUGGAUGAAGAUUAUCUAGAAAUUGCAAAUCGUUGUUGGUCAAGAUUUUACUCUUGUGUAAUACAGUACCAUGCUAAUAGUGCAAGGCCUGUAGGAUUAUUAUUGAUGCCAAGCGUUUAUGGAAUUGUUUUACUUAAAAAAUCAUCAUUUUCUCUUCUAAGACCAAUGGAAGCUUUAGAAUAUUUAAUGUUUUGUAAUGAGAAGUCAUGUAUAUCUCGAUUUAAAACAACACCUGUUUUAUCGCAAGAUGACGAUAUAUGUCAAGAUCUCAUUGUAUUGAUGUCUGUAUUAGUGCUACUAGAAGAGCAGUUGUCAGAAGAAACCAAAAAUAUAAUCAAGCGAGAACUGUAUCAUCUAAAAAGCCCAGAUAGUAUUAUCGAUGAAAUGCUGUCGAAGCUGAUGCUUGAUUCAGAAGAACCUAUUAGUAAUAUCAUCAUGAACCAUCCUAGUUGCCACAGAUUGUCAAAUAUUAGGGAUCUAUCCAGUGCCAUAGCCAUGUUGUUAGAAGCUUUAACAUACGACCUUGGUCAACCGCAUAAGUUACAAUUUAACGAAGAUCACGACGCUUCGAAAAUGCUACUCAGUAUAAAUCAUUUCUUCGGUAGCCAGCUGGGGAUUUCAGCAAUAUCAAAAAGUGUAGCUCAAAUAACGCAAUUAAGAUUUUCAAUCUGUAGAAAUCUUUUGAUUUUGCAACAAAUGAUACUGUUACGCCCGGAAUUAUUUGAUUCACGGUCGUUGCACUCUAUCAAAUCAUCUUUAGCACCGAGAACAAUUGUAUUAACGCAAGCAUAUAAUGUUGUAUUAUGGAUAUGUGAAUCUACACCAUUACCAGCGCCGGCGCAAUCAUUGUUGGAUUCUAGUAUUCAGCGCUUAGCGUUGCUGAAGCUCGUUGAUUCAAGAGCAAACGUGGGAUUUAGACAACAUCGAUCUUUAUCAUUGUUAGAAUUAUUUAUACAGAGCAGUGGUGCAAAAUAUGCUCAUAAUUUGAUAGCUCACACAAAUUUAGAUGCGACUACUUUAAUACCAUGGCAUUACGGAAUGUUGACACACAUCACGCUUAUCGCACAACUGGUAUGGCCAAGGUCGGGCAAUUUUAUUUUUCCAGAAUGGCUUUUAUCCAGUUGUCAAUUUUUGCUCGUACAAGAGUAUGUCAGACUUCUGAACACAUGGUGUGAAUGGAAUAGCGCGUCGAGAAAAUUUAUAUUGGCGGUCGCGUUGUUGGAAAUGGGAGAAGCACAUAAAGCUUGCGAUCAUUUCCUUCGAGCAUCUGGAGGAAUUUUAACCGAUGAAUUCUUGGCUGACACUUUACUCGAGACCAGUGUAUUAUCAGAAAAUAAUUCUUUAAUUCAGUAUUAUUUAAAAGUCAUUAAACUUUUCGAAGAGCAUACUGCUGCCGAUUGUAUUAUAGAACUUGCCGAAACAGCUAUACUAAUGGCUGAUAAAGAUGAUCCCAAUUUACCAACGCUUCAUUCUAUAGUGUUCACUCAACAUUUGAACUUGGGUCAUCAUACCAAGGCGUACAAUUGUUUAAACUCAAAUCCAGAUGCUGCACGUAAAGUGGACUGUUUAAGACAGCUAGUAGUAACUCUGUUUGAGAGACGAAAACUUAUAGACUUAAUUUCAUUUCCAUAUGUGGAUAUGUACGAAGACCUCGAAAGAAUUGUAGAAGGUAGAGCCAGAAGUGUGGAUCUCAUGGAGAAUAACUACUAUAAUUUCUUAUAUAGUUUUCACAUAAACAAGGGUAACAUGCGUAAAGCUGCUUCUGUCAUGUAUGAGCAAGCUAUGCGUUUAAGUCAAGAAUCACAAUCUGUUCCAAUUGUAUCGAGGCAAGCUCAAUGUUUAUUAGCAUGCAUUAAUGCGUUAUACCUUGUAUCCGAUAAGUACAGGUGGAUAGUUAGACCUGUAAUAGAUCAUAACUUUCCGGAAAAAUUGAAUCAUUUUGAUCGACAAUCGAGAGGGAAUAUCACCAACGAGGAUAUUUUAUCUUAUAAAAUAAAAAGACAAAUAGAAGUUCUUGAAUUGGACGAUAUUAAGAAAGAAUACUACGUAGUGGAUGCCAGAUUAAAAAUAUCGAAAAUUAAUUCAGAUUUACAGAUCGUUGCACAUGCUGACCCUUCGGAACUUAUUAUUAUAUUAUCAACCAUUGGUUUAUAUACAACAGCAUUACAUUUGUGCGACGAAUUUAAAAUUAAUAAAAGUUCUGUACUUGAAAGCCUGACUUCUCAGUGCAUUCGACUUCUUCAAUUAAGUCGAAGGGAAGAUUCAAAUACCUGGGAUUGGUUAAUACAAAAUGAUAUAUUUGAUAUUGGUCUCUCAAAUACGAACAGUACAAAUACUGCUUGGAGGUUAUUAGAAUAUCUAACGUUAAAGCAUGAAAAAGAUAGAUGCAGCGAGUUGCAUAAGGCAGUUUCUGGCAAGUUACUGAAGGAAGGGGCAUUUAUACCUCAGUGGUUGUUAAUUUCAUAUAAAAAACGGAAUGCUGCAGAACUCCUUCGUCUAAUGCUGAAUAGUGGAAGAAUAAUAGAAGCCAGUGAUUUAGCGGUAGAAUAUAUUAAUGCAAUCUUGGGAGAUGGCAAAGAACAUUUUGGCCUCGAAACAUUCUUAACCUCUGUAUCUCCAGCAGUUUGGUUGCCAUUUAAUACAUUAGAAGUACUUUUACAUGAAUUAGAAGAAGCUAGUAAAGAAAACAGCAUUUUCUCUGAGGCCUAUCAAAAAUUACUACAAGCAUUAAAUGUGUACGAGCAAAAAGUAACAAACGUGUCGAAAAAUAUGAUCGAAAUGAAAUCAAGCAUCAAGAAUUGCUAACAAAUCAAGGAAGCUUUGCGUGUCAAGCUUUGCAGAUUGAACUCCAUUUGUGAACCAGUCCCCUAUAAUGUAAAUAUUUUGGUGUACUGUUCCAGUCUAUCAUUACUAUUAUGUGUAUUCAAAACUUUUAACACAGAUUUAAUAAGAAAAGUAGAUUUGAUUUGUUGUAAUCAUUUUGUAAUAGAAGUUUCUGAUACCCAAUUUUUCGAAAACUACAUUUGUACAAUUAUUUUUAAACUAGAACAAUGUUAAUUCCUGUUUCGCAUGUAUCCAGCUUUAUUAGGAUACAUAUGGGGACAACGAAUUACUAGAUGUAUAUCGUGAAUUUAUUAUCGAAUUAAUUUUAUUCAGUUUUAUGGAAUUAUUAGUGAUAAAUAUGUUAGAAUAGUUGUUAUAAUAUUUUCAUAUGUGUAAUGAAACUUUCUUUAUCAUGGUACUUCCGUUGUUUCGCAAACCCUAUAAAAUUUAAUUUUCUUUUGUUAAUAUAUUGUAGUAUCAUAUAAUCUUGCUAAGUUAUUAAAACAUUUACAUAAACAAUUGUGUAUCUGUCGUACAAUAAAAUAUUUUGGUACUAUUUA